GCUGUUGACUCCCCCGGACUUUUCAAGGGAUAUCGCUCAGUUCUCAGAUCUUAAUGUUUUGUGUUGCUGAUCUGGACAAUUAAUCUGUGUCAGGUCAACAUCUGCUUACUUCCCCUGUGUACAAUGAAGCGCAAAUACCACUUGCUUUUUGGUCCCUUCAAUUUUUUCCCUUUUUCUACCGCUUUUUACUUCAUCUGUGUUCGUUUCCCUUUUCCAUUGCUCUUAUAUUCUUUCAUCUUCUCUUUACUACAUAUAAAUUUCUCCCGCAUUUUGUUCGAUUCCGGUUGUCUUCCUACACCUCGAUGUGACGUCUCGAGAAUCUUAGCUGAAAUAAUCGUGGGGGAAGCUGGUGCUGGUCCUCCCGGUUCAUUAAAUAUCAAUCAUUCUAGUCGAUCUCCAGCCUUUCUUCUCUUGGCCUUUCAUGUUGGCAGAAAUGGUUCGUCCUUCUGGAAAUCUUGACCGGUAAAACAGACGUGUGCAAGGGUUGCAAUCCCACUACGCAGGACAUAGCAGAGAAU